GUAAGACGGACAAACAUAACACCAGAGCUAAAUCGGCAAGAUCCAAUGAGCAAAACAUGCAUUCCCUGCGCCCUUUGUGUAACCCCUAGGCGAUCAGGCAGAUAUAAUAUGAAAACCUGCCAAGGAGACCGUGACGAGGCCGUACAGGCAUACAAUGUGUAUGUAUAAAGACUUUGCGACCGUCCGGCCCUGAGGCAUCAAGUCAUCCGAGUCUCCACAGUGCACUGAUACUACCUGACAUUUGAAGCCCAGUCUAGCUCCCCCUUGACUCCUCCUCCUCGACUCAAUCACUUGACCAAGAUGCCUUCCAAGCUCAACAUCUUCUCCAAGAGCUCACGCUCCAAGUCUGGCAACGGCCGCACCAAUUUCGAGAGGCUGCACGAGCCCCGCGGCUCCACGGAGUCCUCAACACCCUUGAACGAGUCCUUCAACCUUGCACAAGAGAAACAAAAGGCAAGGGAAGCCAUGCGACAAAGACAAGCCGAGGAGUUCCUCUCAAAACAGGGCUACACAAUGAUGGCUCGAAAUUCUGGAGCAUUCAAGGGACCCAUCUGAGAAUGGAGCUGGUGUUUGAUUUAGCUGCCAAUCUAGUGGGCUCCGUUUGUGUCUUGUUGCUUUGGUCAUGAUAUCCCUGGGCUGGCGUUUGACGAUUGUUUUUUAUCGGCCAUGGCGUGGUAAAAGGAUCUCUACAAGAUGAUCUGUCUGGAAUGCGUCAAAACGGGGUCAGCUUACAAGCUGUGGAAAAUUGGAUUCAUGGUGGUUAUUGGCCAGGAACCUGUUUCUAAAGUGUCACCAGCAGAUGUAAAAAUCAACUAUGUGUCUUGCUGUCA